CUCAGCUGCCUGAUUAACUGCCUGACAAUAGUAUAUUUUUAAAAAUCAACGUAAAAUGAUCUUGAUGCAUUUUCAAGAAACAAGAUGGCUCCCGUGCUGGAGAAGAAGCUGCUGGGCGCAGCCGGGGCUGGCGACACCCUAGAAAACUGCAAUGCAGACGAAGAAGGACAGAACUUAUGGUCAUCAAUUCUCAGCGAAGUAUCAACUAGGUCCAGUUCCAAAUUACCUUCUGGAAAAAAUAUUUUGGUUUUAGGAGAAGAUGGCUCAGGAAAGACAACAAUUAUGGCAAAACUUCAAGGAGCAGAGCAUAAUAAGAAAGGGAGAGGACUGGAAUAUCUGUACUUGAGUGUCCAUGAUGAAGACCGAGAUGACCUGACACGCUGUAAUGUGUGGAUCUUGGAUGGAGACCUUUACCACAAAGGACUGCUGAAAUUUGCGGUCACAGCAGAGAUGUUGCGGGACACACUGGCUGUGUUCGUUGUGGACAUGUCCCGGCCGUGGUCCAUCAUGGAGACCUUGCAGAAGUGGGCCAGCGUCCUCCGAGACCACAUUGACAAGCUGAAGAUUCCACCCGAGGAAAUGAAGGAGAUGGAGCAGACAAUGGUGACGAGCUUCCAGGAGUACACCGAGCCGGAGGAGGCGACCCCAGCCUCUCCGCAGAGACGGGUACCCGCCGGCGGGGCAGAGGACGAGGGCGUGCUGCUGCCACUGGGGGAAAACGUGCUCACACACAACCUGGGCAUCCCCGUGCUAAUAGUGUGCACCAAGUGUGACGCGGUCAGUACUUUGGAGAAGGAGCAGGACUACAAAGAGGAACACUUUGACUUCAUCCAAUCCCACAUCCGACGCUUUGGCUUACAGUAUGGAGCUGCCUUGAUUUACACCUCUGUUAAAGAGGAGAAAAACCUGGACCUCAUGUAUAAAUACAUACUGCACAAAAUGUACGGCUUCCAGCUCACCUCACCUGCCUUAGUGGUGGAGAAAGAUGCUGUUUUCAUCCCGUCUGGUUGGGACAACGAGAAGAAAAUAGCAAUCUUGCACGAAAAUUUCCUAUCGGUUAAAGCAGAGGAUCCUUUUGAAGACUUUAUCUUGAAGCCUCCUGUACGAAAGCUGGUUCAUGAUAAGGAAGUGAGUGCGGAGGAUGAGCAGGUUUUCCUCAUGAAGCAACAGUCGUUGUUAUCCAAGCAGCCGGCCACGCCCACUAGAGCCACAGAGUCUCCUGCCCGAACCACAUCUGGAUCUCCUCGACCUUCCAAUGUCGCCAGCGUUUCGCCCAUGACUGCUGUCAAAAAACCAGACCCCAACUUGAAAGGGGCUGCGGCAAACGAGGGGGUCUUGGCCAACUUCUUUAACAGCCUGUUGAGUAAAAAGACGGGGUCCCCGGGGAGUCCUAAUUCUGGAGGAGCAGGGGUACAAGGCUCAUCCAAAAAAGCAGGGCAGAAGCCGGUUUUGACUGACGUCCAAGCGGAGUUGGACCGAAUGACUCGCAAAUCAGACUCCACGGUAACGGCCAACAGCACAUCGUCGACGGAGAGUGAGGCAUGAACACACCCCGCAGCAGCAUCCAUUUUAAACACCAUUUAAAAAAAAAAAAUGCUCGCACUCACUCACACAUGUAAGAAAGAUAUGUGACCAAAUUCCCAAUGCAUGUCUGUCAGUCGCAGACCAUAGUUCUGUCUGAUGUGGAGACACGCCAGCAGGUAUAUUUUUGCUAUGGUUGUGAUGGGACGGUGAGGAGGACGCUGGGGGGGAAGAAAAGGCACGACCUGGUGAUUUGGAAGGCAUGGCUGAUUAUGCAAGGCCUGUACACUCCCUGGAAGGCAGCCCAGUCUCCACCUCUAAGAGCUCCAGUUUAGCUUGGGAAGCAUUUCUGCCUUCUUCCUGCAUCCUGCGGACCAGAGAAGUGCUGUGGGGUUUUUUAUGGAUCCUGUGGAAGUAAAGCAAAAUCGCAGCUGCUGCGAAUGAAAUGAAACCUGAAACAAAUAUAUUUGGCGCAAACAAAAGUACUUGCAGAAAUAUGUAGUGUGUAAAAAGGUAGAUAUAUCAUGAUACUGUUGUAUUUAUAUAUAAAUCCAGCCUUUUUAUUUUUUACAUUUUCUCACUAAAAUGCUUUAAAUGAAAAGGUGUCUUGCUACUUGACUAAUGUUAAACUCCACUGACGUCAUGACACUAAUGUGACAAGGAAAUUAAUUGGCUCAUGGAAUAUAAGAAACGCUGUGUGUAAGACAUUGGCAAAAAAAAAAGGAUUCUGUAAAUGCUAGUAAAAUGCAUUAUGAACUUUGGUUGUUCUGUAUAGAACGCAUUUAUUUUAACAAAAUUAUGAAAAAAUAUUUCUUAAAAAAAUAAAGCAUCAUCUGAUUUUGUCAAGUUAAGGCUGCAUUAAGGCUACUCUUUUGGCUACAGGUAUGUAAGCAGGUGAGACCUACCAUAUCUCCAAGUGCCUGACGUGGUGUACUGUGUGUAUCAGAGUACAGCUGCUUAUCUCCAGAACAAGAAAUGCACUGUAGUACAAAAUGGUAAAAGAUUUUUUUCUGAGUUCUGUUAAAAAAAGAAUUUAUAUUAUUUAAAUAUUUUGUAUUACAAUUCUGUGGGUCUUUGAUUAUUUUUAUGAAGAAAUUUUCCUUACUGCUGUGGCCAAGAUUAAAUUGUUCAAUUGAGCAAUCAGACGCAUGCCUUCUUUUUAAAAAAAAUGGUUGAGUUACCUUAAAUGGUUGUUUAACUGCACAUUUUAAAAAGCUCUCUUAACAUUAGAAGAGAUUUGCCCCUUUUGAGCACACAGUGGAUCUCAGUUAAUCUCAUUAGUGGCCAAUCGAAAGUUGCUUUUAUGGUUUAAUUUGAAUAAUCGUAUGCAUUGCAUGGAUGAAAUGUUACAGAAAUUAUAUAAAACUGCUUUUAGCUCUCCAUUUUUAAAAAUGGAAUACCGUGUGGCAGUUGAUAUUAAACAUUCCUCAUACUCUAUCUAAAUUAUGCACUUAAAGCAGAACUGUGUCCCAUAAGGGGAAAGUGUUUUUAUGUGUAGAUUGCUGGUUUUGGUAAUGAUUUGAUCUGCUUUAGAAGACAGAUGCUGUGAUUCUUCUUUGCUUCUCCUUUUGUCACUCGAUCUCCCAUCAUCAGAACUGGUUAUUUAGAUCUCUGCAUUGCCCCAGACUACAGCAUGUAGGCAAAUGUUACUUUAAAAUGCAUUUUAAUUUUAAUUAUCCUUUGUAGCUAAAAUUGCUCUUAGGUUGCCAAUUUUGUUGAAAGGGUAUGCAGUGUCAAAACUUGAAGACUGUAUUUUGAUAUUGAACAAAUAAAAUGUUUUUUUAGGUUA